ACAGGCUGGGACCCCGGCACGGGAACAUUAGUUCUAGAACCGCCACUGCAAACACCUGAAGCCAAUCAGAGUGAUGGAGUCUCCCUGCUCUCCAAUCUAUUUAAAUUGUUCAAGCAGGAAGGAAGGCCUGUUUGAGCAAAGAAAAAAUGGCAACAUAUGGUGAAGAAUCAGUCGACAGAUACUUCUACUCCUCUUACAACCCUUACAUGAGCAGGUACAGCCGGCCCAGAGACUCCGGGUGGAAAUAUAAAGGUUAUUUUCCCCACUGUGGAGAUGACGCCUUCAACAACCACCAGCGCGCCCAGCUCAAGUCCAUCUUGUCCCAAAUCAACCCUAAACUCACCCCGAGGCUCCGGAAGGCCAACACCAAGGAUGUGGCGGUGCAGGUCAACCCGAAGAAGGACGCCUCGGUCCAAUGCGCCAUCGGCCCGCGGACCCUGCAGGCCAUGAAGCGGGACUUCCAACGCAGGAGGCGGCAGGAGCCCAGCAGCCCGAUAGCCGCGGGUGGAGUGCGUUACCCACGGACCCUGGGGGUCUACUCCCCCAUAGCCUACAGGAGCGUCACGUCAUUCCUCGUGGACGAGAAUAACAACAAAGAGGUUUCCUCUGAGGAGGCGCCGCCCGGGGAGCCCCACGGAGACCCGGAGGAGAGGAAGGAUGGAGAGGAAGGGAAGGAUGGAGAGGAAGGGAAGGCUGCGAGGCCUCCGGAGGAGAAGCUGAAGGUGAAGAGUGAGCUCGCGCCGCCGGCGGCGGACGAAUCAAAGGGCAACAAAGCCCGCGUGCGCUUCCAGUUCCUGGAACAGAAGUACGGAUAUUAUCACUGCAGAGAAUGCAAUCUGCGAUGGGAGAGCGCCUAUGUGUGGUGCGUUCAAGGCACCAACAAGGUUUACUUCAAACAGUUCUGUAGAAAAUGCCAGAAGGCCUUCAACCCAUACCGUGUGGAGGACAUCACAUGCCAUACUUGCAAAAAGGCGCGCUGCUCCUGUGCCCUGACGCAGCGCCACGUUGAUCCCAAGCGACCUCACAGACAGGACUUGUGCGGCAGGUGCAAAGGCAAGCGGCUCUCCUGUGACAGCACGUUCAGCUUCAAAUACAUCAUCUGAAGCUCAUCUCCAGUCGAUUCUCGAA